AUGGGCGAUGACCAUCUGUCAUUGCUAAUAAAUUCUGCUAUAAGUGGCAGCAAUUUAGCGGUAAAUUUACACGACAAUGACCUAGCUGAACUACUAAUUGGCAACGACAUCUCUGAAACACAUAAUUUGUUGAAGUCAUUACUACAGGACACUGAAUGCAGUCGAAACAACAUUCGUGCCAAACCGAAAUAUAUAAUAAACAAUUCAAGGAGUUACAACUAUUUGAUUGCGAGGGGAUGUCCACAAUGCUCCAGGGAUGUUGAUUUUAGUAGUCCAAAUGAAGUAUUUAACAGCGGCAAAAUUUGUUGUGUUGAUUGUGGCUACAUUAUUGCACCUGCAAUAUUAUCCAGCACUAGGGAAGAUCUGUUGCCAGUUGAUAGUUUUGACGACAAAAGCUUGUAUUUGUUUGGCUGCAGGGAAUCCUACGUUUAUGAUCAGCAGGGCAAGGAUUUGUGGAAGGAUUAUUUAAAUGAAACAAAUAUUUCUCUUCUAGAAAUGGCAAAGUCAUCAUUUUCCAAAGGGACUCAAACAGUUAAAGAGAUAUGUCAAAAAUGUGGAAAUGAAGAACAGUAUUACUCGACAUUCCAAGCCAGAUCUGCCGAUGAAGGAAUGACAAUCAUGUACGAAUGUACCAGUUGUGGAAAUCGCACUACUUUUAAUGUAUAA